UUGUGGUCUCGUCUCCUACAAUUCCCCAUUAAAUUCUCGAUUGUUGGUAUAUUGAAAUACUGCAGAUACUAGAGUUGCGUCAGCAAACCUAAGACAAAUUGGUUAUGGAAAUAUCAAAUUCGUAACAGCAAUCGCACAGAAUUAUAUUCCUGACGUAUCUACGGUUCCCUGCACUGAGUCUGCCUGCGUCAUCUAGCAUACGUCUGGGGAGAUGACGACGCUAAGGACAUGGAUUAUCUUCAGAUGGAGGCAGAUGCUAGCGUGCGCGCUGGUGGUGAGCGCCCUGGCGACGACCGGCAGCAUGGUCGGCUGGUCCGUGGAGGUGGCCAGGAUGGCCGAGGACCCUGAACUGCCGUUCAACAUCUCGACGUCUCAACAGCGAUGGCUUGUUUCGAGCGUGGGUAUUGCCUCGGUGGUAAGCACCCUGGCGACAGGAUGGCUCAUGGAGGCGCUGGGUCCAUGUCGUCUGCUAAGCUUGCUGUUGCUGCCUCAAGGCUUGGCAUGGAUCACCAUGGCCGUGUCAUACUCACUGCCCUGGAUCUUCGUAGGGCGCAUCAUCACGGGCGCUAUAGGCAUCAUGCUCACCACUAUCAUCCAGCCUCUGGUAGCGGAGUUGUGCCAGCCAGACGUGCGAGGUAUGCUGAGCGCUCUGCCGGAGAUGGCGAUAUCACUAGGCCUGCUGGGGGCCUAUGUUUUCGCGCGCUUUCUUGUGUGGCAAGCCGGCACCCUCCUGUGCGGGGUUCUGGUGUUCCCCUCCCUUUGUGGGGUUCUUUUCGUUCCUGAGUCCCCGUACUGGCUCAUUAAAAAGGGCAGAGAUAAGGAAGCUACUCGAUCAUUGAUGAGGCUACGGGCACCGGAGCACGACAUCGAGGCAGAGGUUGCGGCUAUCAGAGAUGGCAUCGCUCUGCAGGCGCUCGAACAAGGCUCCUUCGCUCAACAGUUUCGUUCAAUGGGCCAAAGUGUCAACUACCGCCCAGUCAUCCUCCUCUCGGUCCUUGUGGUUCUGAAAGAAGUCGGAGGCGCAAUGUUCAUUUUCAUGUACUCAGCCUACUUCUUCCUGGCUGCCGGAGUAGUGUGGGAUCCCUUCACAUGUACUGUGUUGGUGGGAGUAACGAGGCUAUUAUUUACAUUCGUGUCUGCUCUUGUGAUUGAUAAAGUUGGACGUCGACCAUUGCUGGUAUUCUCAUCACUGACCUGUGGCUCAGCAAUGUUCGUCAUAGGAGCAAUCGUGAAAAUAGGAAGUCCAUCUAUUGCUUGGAUCCCUCUGGUGGCUGUUCUUAUCUUCGUGGCAUCAUUUGGGCUCGGUGUGGGGCCAGUUCCUUGGAUUUUGGUUGGAGAAAUGCUCCCAACCCCAGUACGGUCGUUAGCUGCGUCCAUUUGUACGUGCCUCUUCGCCUUCUUCACGUUUCUACUAAGUGAGCUCAUGCCACAGAUUAUUGAAGUUUCAGGACUGGAUGACGCCGCCUUUGCAUUCGGAGCCUUUCAGAUUUUCUUGGCUCUCACAACUUGGCUGUUCGUGCCGGAGACCAGAGGCCGGACGCUGGAGGACUUGCAAACUGCUUUCUCCGGAGCUGCCCUCCGACCGUUCCGGAAAUCUCGAGAAGGAUAUGUACAGGCCUAUGGUUCCACGUUCUCCGAGGCCGGUCCCAGUCAGUCCAAAAAAGCCUAGUGGACAAUCAAUUGUCACGUUUAUAAACAACUAUCUAGGUUACCAAUUGAGAUAUUAAAAACGGAAAAAAUUAGAUCGUAAAAAAAAUGAUUUUGUAUCACAGAA